AUGCAUCGCUCUCUCCCACACGAGCGCGAGGGCACCUCGAAGAGCGUUGAGCUGCACGUGGACGGCCGCAUCUCCCACGUGUCGCUGCAGGCGGCGGCACAUGCCACUGUGGCCGACCUUCUCUCAACAGCCGUUGCCGCCUCAUCAUCAGCCUUUCCGACAACGGCGCUGUCGCCGCGGGAGUUGGCGAAGGGGUUUGCUUGCAUGGACACGGCGGGCAACAGGAUUGACCUAAGCGCUCUGGCGCGCUCCAUCCCGCCACAGCUGGUGGUGACACAUACCGCGACGUCCGGCAGCGGUGGCAGUAGCGCUAGUGUGGUAUCCACUAGCACAGGCUAUCGUGGUGGCCGUGGCGGCGUCGCUCACCGCUUGGCGUCGUCAUCUGGCCGCGGGCGCGGUCGUGGUAGAGGUCGCGGGCGUAGGAGAGGUGGUGAUCGAGGACAUGUCGGGACCGCCGCUGAUGCCAAUGCACAGAUCGCUGGCGAUGCCGAGGAGGAUGACGAUAGUGAUGGCGAAGAUGAGGACGCUGAUGACGAUGACGCGGCAGAGGAGGACGAGAGCGGUGACGACGAGUCUGACGGUACGUCGGAGGUGUACAGCUUCGAUGAGGAAAGCGACGAUGGGGACGAGGAGGGGGAAGACGAGGACAGCGACAACGCCGACUCUUCCGUGGCCACAGCGAGCACAAGCACCACCACCCCGCGCUCACGGGUCGACUACAGCGAAGUGACCACAACUGCUGCUCGUGGGCGUGGUCGCGGCCGCAGCGGCAGUGGACGAGGCGCGGCCCGGACGUCAGCAGUGUCUUCACAGGGCUCCUCAGCACCACUCACACCGACGACGGCGAGCGUCACAACGACGCGGCCCACCCGCAGACUCCGUGCCUCGGCGUCACCGCCGCUCUUCACCCCUGAUGGGCUGCCCAUCAAGCGCAAGCGUGGUCGACCACCAAAAAGUCAGCAGUUGUCCUUGGCAGCUGCCGCUGCUGCUGACGUGGCGGUCACAUUAGGUGGCGCCACGAGCACUGCCACUGGUGAAAAACCUCCACGAAGGACACGGCGGAGCGUCAAGGAGGCGCCAGCUGAGGUGGCAGCGAAGGCGGUGAAGCCAAGCCGUGGUGGGCGACGACGCCGUGGCGACGAGGAGGCGGAGGAGCUGAAGGAACAGCGGCACACGAGUGCCCAUCCCAAACUCAAAGGUGACGGUGCUGCUGUUACAGUCGUGGCGGCCGACCACGUCACCGCAACUGUUAGCGGCGGCAACCGACGAGGUGGAUGUCAGAGGGGUAGCGGCGACGCAAUCGCUAAGCGCAGCCGGUCGCUGUCACCGGCUUCACAGUCGCCUGGAAGCCGUUCCGCCGCCAUCACAGCAGCAGCUCCAUCGUUGGCUGCGCCCGCUGUCACCGUGGUCUCCGUGGACAGCACAGGCGGUGGAUGCACAAGUCCGCUUGCCUCAGGAUCUCUCAGGGCACUAACAAACGGUACCACCGUGGGUGCGGCUGCUGCUGCUGCUGCGGCGGCGGUGCCUGCCCCUGGUGCUCGCACCGUUUCUUCCCUUGCGCAGCGCCAGCAAGGUCUGCUGAAGGCACAGGAGGAUCAAGAGCAGCUGCUGCGCCAGCAGCGCCGCCGCGUACGCCUUACUUACAACGUGUUUUAUCCAUCAUCUGCCCUGUGCGCUGCGGUGCCAGCUACAACGAGCACCUAUGGAGGGGGUGGGGCAGGGACACGCGCAUAUCAGCCUCCCAGCGCCGCUGCAUCGUCCCCAUUAGAAGACCCUUCAGUGAUGCCAGUGAGGCCGCGCUAUGUGUGGAACAGCGGGGGUUGCCACCGGCAGCACAGCUUGUCCUCCGACGCACCGCUGUCACAUGCCGUCGGCGGGCGACUUGGCAGUCGUGGUAUACAGACGACUUCUAGCGAGGCGUGGGCCAAGCUGUCUUCUCUCCUGAACACCACCCUGAAGCGCCGAAGCGCUUCCCCCGCAGCAGUGCCCCUCUCACACACGGCGAAUGCCUGUGAGCUUUACACGCAGGGACGGCGAAUUGUGUCAUCGUGGCGUGCCGAGCAGCACCGCACGCCAUCGAUGCUGCUUAGCCACCCCUACAGCCCGCUGUUGAUGCCUGGGCUACGCGUGUAUCAGCACCCGCCGCCACUGCGUGUGUCACCGCCCGUAAUCCUCGCAGCUUCGGUGGAUGCAAACGCGGCGAAGCCUAGCGCUGAUCAGCACAGUGUAGUGAAGGUGGAAGUGGGCGACGAGGACGGAGACGCAGAGUGGCACGAUCGCUUCCAUCGUCAGCGAGGAGCCACGCCGUUCAGGACGUCUGUGGCGGCCACUGCAUCCGAUGCUGAGCGCGGCAGUCGCCGCCUACACUGCUAUCCGAAUCAGUCAUUGAUUGUCCCUGUUGUCGUCGGCGGCUGCGUGCAGCUUGUCAAUCCGGAGAGCAAGGAUAAGAGCCACCAGUGGACUGUGUACGUGCGUGGCUUGUGGAACGGCCAUCCGGAGGAGGUCGCCGGCUUGAAUGCGCGCCCGCCCUCAUCAUCACGGGUACAGCAGCCCAGAGCAUUCCCGCCGUCCCCUUCUUCGCCAUCACCGGAUUCGUCUAUCAACUCAUGCGCCAGCCUCGGCGACAGCAACGCGGCUGCUGCUCGUGGUGGUGGCGGUAGCGGUGCUACUGCUGCCCUUGGCGCGGUGGGCGACUCGCAGACCUCCGUCUUCAGCACCUCGACCGCAUCGCCGGACGACUACCUGUCGGACUUCAUAGACAAGGUGGUCUUUGUGCUGGACGAGAGCUUCGUGCCGUGUGUGCGCACUGUCGCCUCCGCCCCGUUUGAACUGACGGAGGUGGGCUGGGGCGAGUUCAUCCUCUCGAUUCACGUGUAUCUGAAGCUACCUGUCCACACUAGGGCCUCCCGGCAGUCGCAGAGACGGCUGCUCGAGUACUACUGUGGCUUCAACGGCCGCAGUGCCAUGCAGACGUGUGAUGGCCGUGGCACGAAGCCACACGACCCCGUCUCGACGUACGUCACCGGCGGCGUGCGAGGUCCGAGUCACCUGUGGAAUGCAUUGACGAUGCCGCCGCCGAGCACGUCCGGCACUCUAGCGCCCACCCCGGCGCUGCCGCUACACGAGCUUCGCCACCAGUUUCACUACGACAGCUUGCUGGACAUCAACUCAAACAGCGGGGCGCGUGCGACCUACUACCGUGGCCCGUACCUGCCGGUGCACUUGGCGACCUGUGACGCGACGUCUUCCCCAGCCUCCUCCCAGUCUUCCUCGUCAUCGAGUGACAGCGAUGUGAACGGCGGUGGUAGCGAUGAUGCUCGCGGUCGGAGUGGCAGCGAGGUGUCCAUGUGUGGUGGCAGUCCCACGGGCAGCCCCCAGGCACUCUCGUUCCCGACUAAGUCAGAGAUGAGCGGCGACGGGUCGCUUUCCUCUUCCCGCAGCGGUAGCAUCACUCCCAGUCCAGUGGCAGCGCCUCAGACUCACGCGAGCUCGUCUUUGCCGCAGCAAGAGGCGAGGAUGGGUGGGCCCAGCACCGUGCAUGCCCCAGGCAGCAGCCGCAUCGCUGGCGGGCAGCCGCUCGUGGGCGUCACGGCUGGUGAUGGUGGAGGUGCAUCUUCGCCAAAUGUCCCUCCACCAUCACCGCUACAGGUGCCACCUUCUCGUCGCAGUGCAGGUCGGCGUCCCCACCGCUUUGGCGCUUCGCGAGUGAGCAGUGGCACACCCCGCAGCCCUGCUGCGUCCAGCACUCCCGGGGCUUCGGGUGGCGGCGGCGGCGGCUGUGUGCACCGGCCCUUGACGGAGGUGCACGUCGGCCACGGCAGCAACGUGGUGGUGCUGCAGCAUCUACUGCGAUUUAGUCACCGCCCUCGACUUCCAGCCGCUAUUCCGCCUGCUCGCGACCCGCGCACGCAGGGUGCUCACCCGGAGCUGCUGGGCUACACGAUGGUGGCUGAGCCCGUCGUCACGGAGCAGUAUGAUGAGCUCAUUAUCCCACUGGCGCCUUUCUUUGCCCCUGCAGAACGGAGGUGCAGGCAGACCAGCCGGUGGCACCAGAAGACGCAGCGAGAGGGUGGCGGGACAUCUCCGAAGAAGCCUGACACGGCGGGUGUUGAGGCUAAGCUGCACCAUCUGCUGACCGCGUCGAGCUCUCUCGAGGGCCACCUGCGAGCCACGCUGCGGCGCCAGCUCUCCUUGAUGUGCGAUGGCGAGUCAUCCCAGUCGUCCUACGCGCUGCCACCGCUGUCCAACAGCGAUGCACAGGCGCUGGGGCACCCGGGCGGCAUCUCUUCCUGGCCGCACAUCCUUGACUACGGUAACGGCAUCGAGCGCGAUACAUCCUACACUGCCGCCUACCUGUCAAGUAUCGCAACGAGCGCAGAGAUGGAGGGCUGGCUGUCGCAAGCACUCGAGGCACGGCGGGCGGCGCUGUUUGGCUCGCCGGAGGCGCCUUGCGCCUGGGUCACCACCGUCGACGAUAUUGAAGACCAGCAGCUGCAGCGCCACGGCGAGACACCUGGAGGGUUUAGGACGGAGGGAGAGGGCUGUGAGAGAGCGAUGAAGCAACUACCCGGGAGAGCAGCCAUCGCAUCCCUCAUCCCAGGUCUUACCACCACCGGGACGUGGAUUACAGCGCUGGAGUACGACAUAGCGAGUGCGCUGUUACGCCUCGCCGCCGGUGGCUCCGUGGCGACGGCGCACGAUGUCUUCUUCCAGGUUCUUCUGCCGCGCGCUGACGACAUUGGCGCAGUUGUCUGGUGCGACGUUCACGAGGGUAUCCACGCAGCACUGAGCCGGGCGGAUGCGGCCGAAUCGUUUUCCUCGGAUGCCACUGGCACCGCUGCCCUCCAUGCGGAGUCAAAGCUAUGGCGCACCUCAGCACUCCAGCAGGGGGGCGAGAAAGACGCAAGCAUGAGGAUGGGGCAGGCGCUUGUCGGCGAGGAGUGCGGUGGCCACGAUUUGCUGUCGUUGUCCUCAGCGACGGCGCUCACUCGUGGAUACCCACUCUGCUCACUGCGCCCCGCUGACACCGGCAUUGCUGUGCUGCGCAACUUACUCGACUCGAACAGAGGCAGCGGCUUUGUCAGCGCCGCUCACUACCCAAGUCAGGAGGCGCUCAUGGCUUCGCAGUUGCGUGAUGGUCAAAGCCGUGGCAGCUUUGGCCACGAUGGCGACGUGGCGCAGCUGCUGACGUGGAAAGCGGCGCUAGAGGACGCCAUCGACACGAUGCGCGUCGAAGCGGCGCGCCGGCAGGCUACUGCAGUCAUGGAGGAGCUGUGA